AUGUCCCCAGCUACUAUAGAGUUUGAGCCCCUGUCUUUUGAGAGUAAAACCCCAGCAACGGUAGUGUUGCUUUUAAACUCCCAAGAGGAAGACAUUCUGACAAAAGCAUUGGAGGCAAACAAUAGAUUUGCCAGUAAAGGAGAUGAGAUGAAAGUUUCUCUGCUGGGAAUAGGGGCCCUGGAGCCUCUCUGCAGGCUUAUUAAUCACAGCAACGGACUGAUCAGACGCAAUGCCUUCAUGGCCCUGGGUAUUAUGGCCACCAAUGGUGAAGUUAGCAAUGCCCUAAAAAAACUCAAUGCGAUUAUACAAAAACCUGAAGAGGACGUGGUUGUCCAUGAGUUUGCAACACUGUGUCUUGCCUCUCUGUCAGUGGAUCUCACUCCCAAAGUCCAGAUCUACAACAACAAUGUUAUGCCAACUAUAAUCAAACUCCUAACCAGGCCAGACCCAGAUGUCACAAAGAACUCACUAGAGAUCAUCUUCAACCUAGUUAAGGACUACAAAAGCCGCAAUGUGCAUGAGUUAGGUGGUAUCGUCUCGCUUCUAUAGCUGCUUAAAUCAGACUUUCCUGUCAUCCCACGUUUGGCUUUAAAGAUGCUGAAUGUCACACUUGAUAAGGAUACACAGCUAACAUUUACGAAGGAGCAGGGAUUUGAGAAGCUCAUGAAUCUUCUCUACAAUAAGAUGAAUAUAAAGAAGUUUGCAACGUACUCACACCACUUAAACUACUUUAAUCAUUUAAAACUGGUUCACUCUGCAGCUGGUCUUGAGAAGCUUGAAAGGCUGAGGGACUUUGUCAAAAAGCCCAACACACCUAGAAUCCCAUCCACUGUUUUAAAAUGCCUCAGCAGGGCAGCACAUACAGCUGAAAGCUUUAAUGUUCUCCAUGAGCAGGAUGUAGAGAGUACGUAGGUAGAGCUUCUGUCUGUGGUUGACCACAGUGUGAGAGCUGCUGCCUGUCAGGCUAUGGCUGCCAUGAGCUUCCACCCAGCCACCAAAGACAACUUCAGAGACUUGGCUGGUGUGUUUCAGGUGGUGUCCCUCUGGUGGUGCAAUAGUGAAAACUUGGAGAUAAGAGAGGCAGUGACCCAGGCUUUCUCAAGACUGACACCUAACAACACCUCCAAUGCACUGUGA